CCCGCGGGGCACAGACCAAACCAGGGUUUCUCGGACGGGACUCGAGCGCAACCAGCCCACCACCACCUCCUCCUCGAGCUUCUUGCCUUCUUGGCCCCCCUCCCCAAGCCCCCAUUCUGCUACAACCGCUUCGUUUCCUCCUCCAACUCCCCCAAAUUGAAUUCCGAUUCGGCGGCUCGUCCCAAAUCGCGCAUCAAUUCCGCAUCAAAUUCCCCCCGCUGGAUUGGACACGUCGAUGGCGUAACUGGUUAGGGUUCGGAAGCCGGCAAUGGAGGCGCAGUGGCUCGCCGAGUACCCGCACCAGAGCUCCGACAAGAGGCCGCGCAAGCGGCCCCGGCUCGCCUGGGAUGUCGCGCCCACGCUAUUCCAGCCUCCCAAGGCAAUUCCGAUGCUAUAUUGCGGGCAGGAACUAAUCAAUGGUAAUUUUGCGACUGCUUUUCUGCCGCCGCCACCAAUUUAUUACACCGGGCCUCCGCGGAAUCUUUCGCCUCCUUGGAGACCAGAUGACAAGGAUGGGCACUAUGUUUUUGUGGUUGGAGAGAAUCUUACACCAAGAUAUAGGAUACUUAGCAAGAUGGGUGAAGGGACAUUUGGACAAGUUUUGGAAUGCUGGGACUUGGAAAACCAAGAAGCAGUGGCUAUCAAGAUUGUGCGCUCCCUCCAGAAAUAUCGAGAGGCUGCUAUGAUAGAAAUCGAUGUGCUUCAGAGACUUGGGAAGCAUGAUUUUACUGGCAGCCGUUGUGUGCAAAUACGGAAUUGGUUUGACUAUCGUAAUCAUAUAUGUAUAGUAUUUGAGAAGCUUGGUCCAAGCUUAUAUGACUUUCUGCGGAAGAAUAGCUACCGUUCAUUUCCUAUCGACCUUGUUCGUGAAUUUGCCAGACAAAUAUUAGAGUCUGUAGCAUUUAUGCAUGACUUGCGACUUAUUCACACGGAUUUGAAGCCAGAGAACAUUCUCCUUGUUUCAUCGGAGUCUAUCAGGGUGCCUGAUUAUAAGGUUUCUAUACGGCCACCUAAGGAUGGUUCUUUCUUCAAGAACCUUCCAAAAUCUAGUGCUAUCAAGCUGAUUGAUUUUGGGAGUACGACAUUUGAGCACCAAGACCACAAUUAUGUAGUAUCAACAAGACAUUACCGUGCACCAGAAGUUAUCCUUGGUCUUGGGUGGAACUAUCCAUGUGAUUUGUGGAGUGUGGGUUGCAUUUUAGUUGAGCUCUGUUCGGGGGAAGCUCUCUUUCAAACACAUGAAAAUUUGGAGCAUUUGGCUAUGAUGGAGAGAGUUCUAGGCCCCCUUCCAAAGCAUAUGAUUGUCAGAGCUGAUCGACGGGCUGAAAAGUACUUCAAGCGUGGAGUAAGGUUGGACUGGCCAGAGGGGGCGGUCUCACGAGAAAGCAUGAAGGCAGUCUGGAAACUGCCUCGGCUGCAGAAUCUUGUGAUGCAACAUGUUGAUCAUUCUGCUGGAGAUCUAAUAGAUCUUCUUCAAGGCCUUCUUCGGUAUGAUCCUAAUGAGCGCCUCAAAGCACGUGAAGCUCUUCGGCACCCUUUCUUUACCAGAUGCAUCAGAAGAUGUGGUUUCUGAGACUAUACUGAGAUCAAAAUUCUCAAUGCUGUAUUUCUUCGUUUCGAUGUGUAAGAACUACAAAAAAGUGGAGAUGUUCUACGAAAAAUGAAAUAUGCUAACUUGCAUUCUGUUCAA